AUCCCACCUGGACAAGAAGUGGUGAUCCCACCCGGACAAGAAGUGGCUAUAUCACCUGGACAAGAUGCGGUACUUUCACGAGGACAGAAAGUCGUGUCUCCAUCUGUCCUAGAAGCGUUACCACCUGGAAAAGAAGCCGUAUCUCCACCUAGGAAAGAAGCCGCAUCUAUAACCAGGCAAGAAGCUGCAUCUGCACCUGGGCAAGAAGCAGUAUCUUCACCUGGACAAGAAGAGGUAUAUUUAUCUGGACAAAAUGCCGUAUCUCUACCCGGACACAAAUCUCUAACUUCUUCUGGAAAAGAAGAGCGAUUUUCAUCUGGACAAGAUGUCGCACUUGCACCUGGACAGGUAGAAAUAUCUCCACCUGGAAAAGAAGGCGUAUCUUCGCCUAGCCAAACAGCGUUAUCUCCACCUGAGCAAGAAGAGGUAUCUCCACCAGGACAAAAAGCGGUAUCUCCACCCGGACAAAUAGCGGCAUCUCCCCCUGAACAAGAAUCGGUAACUCCGCUAGGACGAGAAGAGAUAUCUCCCCUUGAACAAGUUAACGAAUUGCCACCUCGACAAGAAAGCGAAGCUCCUCCUCGACAAGAAUCCGUACAUCCACUUGGACAAGAAGCCGCACCUCCACCUGUACAAGAAGCCGAAUUUCCAUCUAGACACGAAGCCACAUCUUCACCUAGACAAGAAGCCGUAUCACCUUCAGGACACGAAGCCGAAUUUGCAGCUAGUCAAGAAGCCGCAUCCUCGACUAGGCAAGAAGCUGGAUCUUCGUUGGAACAGAAAGCGGUACCUCCGCCUGGACAAGAAGCAGUAUCUCCAUCUGUUGCAGAAGCAGCACCUCUGCCUGGACAAAAACCGUUAUCUACACCUGAACAUGAAUCGAUUUCUGCACCAGGACAAGAAUUUCUAUCAUCAAAUGCACGAGAAUUAAAAGUUCAACCAUUUGAAGAUUCAAAAAUAAUAUGUGAUAAUAAUGUUAUAGCUAAAGCAUAUGAAAAUAUUGAGAAGGCCAUAUCGGACGCCUUUCAGAGAGGUGGGCAUGACGUGUCCCUCAGUGAUGCGGAAACUGUUCAAAAAGCUAUUCAAGAGAUGGUCAGUUCGAAUGCUCCGGUGGAGCUUGUCUUCGAACGGAGUGCCGGAGACGUGCUUGCGAAGCUGCAAGAAGCUUCUGAAAACAUUCCAGAGAAACAACUGAAGAUUAUUAAAUCGAUUAAAAAUCCUCAAAAGGAUUUGGUUGUCUUUUUAGAAGUCGCUGAAAACAUUGGUGAUGGACUGGAGUUAGUACAGAAUAUUGUUCUGCCGAAGAGGGACCUAUUACUAAAAAGACUGGCGAAGAGUGCUGCAGAUCCCGACAAUGUUGAUAUUCCCGCGUUUGAGAUCACGAAAAUCGUGAAAGAUGGUAAUGAAUUAAAGACCAGGAUAUGCAUGAAAAAAGUUAAGGUAAUGUUUCCAGAAAGCCAAUUGGUUAAAGUCGAUGAAAUUUCUCUUGCAGCAUUGUGCAAAGCAUCAAUUACUGAGCAACUAAUGGAUGCUACAUCGAAAAUAGAAGAAAAAACACAUGAAAUAUGCUCGACACCACUGGAUCUUGGGCCGGCAUUGGAUAGCAAACAACCGAAUGAAGGCGAGGCAGAUCAGCUGCAAAAAAACCUUUCUAGCAGUAGAGAAUUGCAAGUCAUAAAAGAUAACGUGUGUGCCGCUCUCACACACUGUCAGCCGAAACUAAGUCAUGAUGAUGCACAAAUCCUUCAAGGUGCUUUAGAUGCUAUGAAAGAGUCUAAAAAACCAAUUGAAAUCCUAGAAAAUUAUGAUCAAGCACAAAGGAAGUUCGAGAUGAGGGAGGCGAAAGAAGAGGUGGCAGAAGAUCUGCUAAGCGAAUUAUUAUCUCUCAAAAACGUGAGAGAUUUAAACGUAACUCUCGAAACCAAGCAUUCGCUUCCGAACUCAGUUGAAAUCGUUCACAAAGUGAUUGGCCCUCCAAAGGAAAGACUUUGCGCUAUCCAGCCUAAAAUUGAUGUGAGUCAUUCCGAUGUUCCGGUUUUUGAAAUUUCCGAAUUGUCCGUAGAUGGAAACUUGAAAAUUCGCCAAACGAGCGUAAGCACGGCAGCUGUAACAAUUGGCGGCGACGACAACAUCACGCUGGAUGCAAAUCAACUUGCUGCCAAGUGUAUGGCUGCCAUCACCGGCCUAUUGGCUCAACUUCCGACUCAGGAAAAGCCUGGAAGUAAUUUCGCGUCGCUUUUUACUCCGAAGCUCACCCAUGCGGUUGAGAGUAAGCUUGACGGUGGAGCUGAAACUAAACCUGCAAGUUAUGCCACAGAAAGUGUAUCCGUUGCAGAUAUGGAUGACAAUCAGGAAAUUCAAAAAGCUAGGGAACCAAAAAAAGGAGCUACUGAAGUGCCUAUUAUAUCAUCAGAAGCCGUUCUCUCGGCUUGUGAAGAGAUAUUAAAGUCACAGGGUGGAGCAAUUGAGCCGGCGGACCUAGAAAAAUAUUUGAACAUAUCAGAGGCUGCAGAUAAAGUCUUGGACGACGUUCUCCAGACUGCAGCCAAGGGUACAGUUUCCACUUCUGCGCAAGCUUCAUUAAUUGCCAAGAAGAAAGAAAUUUCAGACAACAAAAAAGAAUUAUUAAAGAAGAAGAAACUCGUUCAAGAAGAUAAUAAGACUCCCAAAUCUCAAGCAGUGCAAGUUCUUCAAUUGACAACUGAAGCAAGUCGCUCUGCUACCGUUACAGAAAAUAUCCCAGAUUCAAUCGGUCCAGUUGCUGAAGAGAAACCCAUGUCCUCUGCCAUACCACCCGAAUUGGCCGACGUCUUGCAAUCUAAACUUGCAGAUGCUGGCAGUCAGGCGGCUGCCAUCCUACUCACUCUCGAGCGCAGUCUCGCAUCCGCUUUCCAAUCUUCUUCCGAUUCUGCCAACCAAAUGCUGUUGCUAGCUGAAGAUAAAACUGAAGACAAUAAUUUGAAAGUUGAGUCAUCGAAAACUGUCGAUGAAACCUUAUCGCAAGUGGACAGUCAAGGCUUAGAUGUUAGCUCUGAACCGCAGCUGCAAUUUGGAGAGUCGCCAUCACUCGAAUGUAAAACAAUCGACUCUUCUGACACUGAAAAAACAAAUGAAGACGUUAGUCAAAAUGAUGUAUUACUUACAUCUCCUCAAGCAUUUAGAAAUAAGAAUAACGUUACGCUCUCGCAUGGAAUUGAGUGUGCCACUCACGACGGAGAUGAAAAUAAUUUCGAAAUUAAUGCCCUUCAAUCAACUUCAGAUUCAGUUUCGAGCGAUGUAGCUGUAGAUCACACAGGCGACAAGAGAGAUGUCGUAAUCGAUAACACUGUCCUUCCUGACAAAACAGGAGGUAUUACAGCAGAAAACGAUAAAAUAAUUAAAAGGGAAGCUUCCGUUCAGUCGGGGGAAAAAGGAAAGGGCAACGAUAAAAAGGUAACUUUUUCUGAGAAAGAGACUAUCCACGAUUUUGUAGUGGAGUUUUCAGAUCAAGAGGAUGUACAGCACGACGCUGGGAGUGGAAUGAGUCCUCAUGGUGCACUUGAGAUCACUGAAAAGGAUUCGAAUGUGUCGCUUGUCGGAAGCAGUGAAGCGAUGUCACAGCAGGAAAAAGCCUCGUAUGAAAAAGAUAAUAAAAUAUCCAGCGAGGAUAAUCUAAUUGAGAAUGGUAUACCUAAACGCCUAAAUGAGAGUAUCACAACUGAGGUAUCUGUACCUGAAGAAAUGAUCGUGUCAACUGAAGAAGUCAAGAGAGACUCCACAAGAGUUGACGUACAUCAUGAGAAGCUAGAAGCGCCACGUGGUACCACCGUACAACUUACAGUUGGUGGGGGAAGCACAAUCUUGGCCGCACCUGCAAUUAAGUCUGAGAACCAAGAAGAAAUCAAUAAAUUUGAAUCCGACUUUGUUGAAACACCGAUACAAUCGAAAACUCAGAAGGAUAACAGCCAUGAAUCACAACCAGAUGACAGUGUAUUCAUGGCUGAAGCGGUCAGUAAGAAGGCAGUCCCAGAAACACCAUCUCCUGAUAAGCUGAAUACCGAAGAGGCGUCACAAGUCAACAAAAAUGAAUCUGCAGUGGCACAAGUGAGCGAAUAUUCAAAGGAGAAUGAUGUUGAUCCAAAUAAACAGAAAACGGCCAUGGUCGAAGAUCGUGGACGAGCCGAAUCUUUUCGAAAACAAACUGAUGAUGUGAGUGAAGCUGAUAGCAAAAGUUCAGAGUUGGUCGAGGUGCAAUCGCAUCAAACUAUGCAAGCUUUGUUGACGCGUGAAGAAAUUGAAACGAAAAAUAAGAAACUUGGAUUGUCUGACUCCAAAAUUGGAAGUAUAAAACAAGACCAGAGUGGCGAUGCAUCAUCACCAGUUGCCAGUGAACGAGAAGCAAUACAUGAAAAAGAGAUUGCCUCAGAAAUUCACAGUGAACAAGGUGAGAACGUUGUAAAAGAUAAAAUUGAAUUGCCCACAGCGUCAGAUAAGAAUGAAAAACAAAUGGUUACCAAAACUCCUGAGAACAUUGAAGUUUCAGAAGGCGAAGUUAAGUCACAAACAUCGGUAGAAAAUAUUAUUGAUGUUAGAGGAGGAAAGGUCAACCUGGAUGGCGAGUCAGACCGAAACAUGCCUGUAACUGAGAAGGUUGAAAAAAUGGAUGCACCAGUAAUGACAAGUACUUUAGAUUCAGCUGACAGUAACGUUAGUGUACCUGUUGGAAAUAACACGCUUAUUAGUGGCGAUGCAACUGGUGACAAAAUUUCCAGGAAUGAGGCCGAAGAAAAAGGAACUAGCUUGUCAACAAAGAAAGAUUAUGUAACCUUCGAAAGUGAGGUUUCAGGGAACAUUGAUGAGAAUAUGAUGACGGCUCGUAAUGUUGGAAAUUUGACUGCGAAAAUUGAUCUGGUUGCUGAAGAUGCUGCUGAAAAUGAGACCAGGGCAAAAAUUGAACCCAAUGCAAAAGAGACAGGUGUGUUGGAAGACGGAAAGGUAAAAAUUCUCCAUGAAAAGAUCAUUGAUGAAACUUCUGGACAAAGCCUUGAAAUUAAGUGUGUAACGCCUGAUAAAAGAAAAACGGACGCUCAGGAGGGGAUUGUUAACAAUUUCCAUGAAGUAAUACGAAAGGAAGAAGAUGUUUCAGAUGAAAACGCUACAGGGAAAUCUAUUGGACUAGGACAGCCAAAACUGAAAAGUGAAGCUGAUGUCGAGGUCGAAAAGAAAACAUCGGCAGAUCAAACUACGAAAAUUGGUGGGAACGAUUAUGAAGAAGUUGGAGGAGCUUCGAUCAAAAUAGACAGUCCUAAGGCUAAGAAGCUUCCCGAAGAAACUAAACAGCUACAGGAGCCAGAAACCCACUCAAUUCCUAAUGAAAAAACACGCGAAGAUCCACAGAAAAAUGCGGACGAAAGGAAAAUUCCUGGGCAAAGUGAUGUGGGAAUUGAAUUAGAUUGCGCAGAAAAGCUUAGUAACGAAACGAGCAAGGCUGAAAACGAUAAAGAUAAAACGCUAGUGGGAACGGUUUCUGCUGAUAAAAAAGCCGCUCAGAACAAAAUUGUAAAAUCAGGUCCUGAGGAACUACGUAAAGACGUCAUCGACGAGAAGGUUUCUGGUACAGAUACAAAGAGUGGAAAACCUCAAGAGGGUUCGACCACUGUCGUCGGGAAGAAAACUGUAGAAGCCGAUCCAGAGAGAAAAGAUAUUUUGAGUGAUUCGUCUGGCCCUGAAGACGAAAAGCUAAUAAAAACCAACACUGAGAGACAAGAUUCUCGAAAGAUUCAAGGUGAGUCUUCAAAUGACUUACAAGCUGCAGAGAUGAACGCAACUAAAAAAAUAGGUCCCGAGAAACUUUUAGCUGAUUUAGACCACAAGGAGAUUGAAGCCCGAGAGGCUGAUAGAUAUCCUAAAGAAGUUUCUAGUGAAGUUAAGGAUAAAGCGAAAUCUACUAGGACACUCGGCAAGGAAAGAGUUUCAAGUGAGGUAUAUGAUGAUGCCAAAGAGAAGACUGCAGAGACAGACGCGGAGAGAAAACAUUUUGAGGUGACUUCGGCGUAUACGAUAGACGAGGCUGCAGGAUCUGACAUGAAAAUUAAUUUCAAAAUAGCUUUAGCUGAUGCAGAUAAGACGACUCCUGCCAAGAAAGGAGGAGAAGAAAAAGAUUUUGAAGGGACUUCUGAUUCUGCAGACGAAACGACCAUUGCAAAGAAAGAUACCGGGGAAAGAGAUUUCACAAAAACCUCUGCUGAUUUAGAUGAAACGAAAAAUCCAGAACCUGACGAAAUGAGUAGAGAUUCUGUAAAGGCUCUUUCGGAUCUUACAAAAGGGCAAAGGGCAGAAAAGAUUGUUUACUCAGGGAAUGAUGCCGAUAAAAUUUCAGCGGAAAUAAUCGUAGAUGAAAAGAGUGGAGGCAGCUUCAGAUCUGAGAGAAGUGAUUCUGAGGAAUUCUUAGCAGAUGUGCGGGAACAAAUGGAACCAACUUCUGACACAAGGAGAGAUUCUAAGAAGUCUUCGGCUGAUGAUGAAGACGAAGACUUCAUCAUCAGCCAAAGAGCAAAAGCCGAACAGCAUGAACCGAAGAUUUCCUCAUCAGCCGUUGAGCAUGAGCUUGCAAUAAAAGCAGGCGUUAUGAGGAAGGACUCUGAAAAGUCUUUGCCUGAUGCUGCAAACGAAAUUUCAAUAAAAAUAGACAACCAGCAGAGCGAUUACAAAAAUUCUUCCGAGAAUUACAGCAAAAAAAUUAAUUCCCAACAGGCUUCUUACGACGCUAAAGAGGAAAAUGAAGCGGCCACAUCAGACGCAGAACGAAAAGAUUAUCAGGUUACUGCAGUUCCUGGAGAGGAACAUGCUUCCGUGGAAGACGAUGAACUAGCGCCCUCAGCUUCGGAUCGCGAGGAAGGUCCCAAGGAAGCGCAGCGAAAACCCAUCGAAAUCGAAAAACGAGACGGAGGAAUCCCAACUUCGAGUGUUACCCGAACAGAAAACAUGUUUGAGACAAAUCAAAUUGCAGAAGAUGACGGAAUUCAAGUUCAUAGAGCAGAAAAGGCCAGAGUGCCUGAAGAUAGUGAGUCAGGAAAAAUGAAUAUUGCUAGCGUAGGAUCAGAUGACGCGCUGAUCCCACAGGAAACGAAAUAUACUGAACCAGUCGCGGCUACAAUGGAAGUUGCACGAAAGAAAGAAAAACACGGAAGAAAAGGGUCUUCCGAAAUUGAGGAAACCUAUUCUGUGGCAACCUUGAAGGUCGAUGAAAAUAAAACCAUGCCUGCAGUCAAAACGUCGUCUACCGACGUCGCAGGAGAGGUUCUAAAGCGUAGUGAAUCCACUUCUGAUAAUGUCUCGUCGUCUGGAACAAUUGAGCUUGCCGGCCACGACGAUGAAGUGUCCCACCGAAAAAUAAACGCCUCUUCUAUUGCUGAUGAAGAUUUCAAAAUAAGAGACAAAUCUGCAACUGAGAAAGACGUUGCUUCUCGAAAAAGAACAGAAGAAAACCUUCGUGAGGAAGGAAAAUCAAUGAAAAAGGACGCAACGACGGAGGCUCGAAAGACUUCUUCAACAAAAGAAGUGACAUGUGAAAACGACGAGUUACCAACGAAAACAACAAAGGCCUCAACUGAAGAAGAUGAAUCGGCACUAAGGAAAAAGAAACGCGCUGAGGAAGAUGAGCGAGUGGCAGCCGAAAGGCGACUCCGUCAAGAAGAGGAAGCUCAACGUGAGCAGGAAGCUGAAGCUCUUCACGAGAAGAAGGCCGCUGCUCGCAAGCAAGAAAGAUUGAAGGAGCUGCAAGAAAGAGAAGAAGCUUUACUUCAAGAAGAAAAAAUGAGACAAGAACGACGACGAAAGCAGAAAGAAGAAAAGGAAAAAGAGCUUCAAGCUGAAGAAGAAAGGUUGCGUAAAUUGAACGAAGAACGUGAAGAAAAAAGGCGUCUCAGAAAAAUGGAAGAGAUUGAAGCGAGGAAGGCUGAAGAAAUUCGUGAAAGAGAAAAGGAGAAAAGACGACAAGCUGAGCUAGAAGCACGUCGUAUGGAACUGGAUAUGAAACACAAGGCUGAAGAAGAUGCGAUGCGCGCUGAAGAAGAAGAUAGGAAGGCGAAGCGAAAGCAGAGGCUGUUAGACGAAGAGAAGGCUCUGGCUGAGGAACGAGAAAAGAUGGAGAAAGAUUUGUUUGAAAGAAGAGAAGCAAGAAGAAAAUUGCUUGAGGAAGAAUCCACAGAGAAAACGACGUUGAGACGAACACAUGAUGAAAAAGAAGAAAAUAAAGUCAUAGACACGAGUAUUCGUCAACGAGAAAAACAUGAAAAAGAAGCUCGGGAAUUUGAGGAGAUGAACCAAAAAAUGGUGGAGUCAAAAAUCAGGCGAGAAGAAGCGGAGAAGUUGCGGGCCAGGGAGCUGCAAAUGCUGGAGGACAUGGAGAGGCAGCGAGUUCAGGAGGAGAAGAAGAAGCUUGAAGAGGAGCUCAGGAGGAGGGAAGACCUCAAGAGACAGCAAGAGGAAGACAUGCGGCAGCAGACUGAGCUCUUCCUCAAGAAGGAGGAAGAGCGACGCAAGCGUCGUCUGGAGGAGCGUAUGCGCUGGUACAAGGAUGACGAGACGGGCAAGCUCGACUACACGGAGAAGGAACUUGUCGUGCACCCGCUGCCUCUGGACAUGCGCAAGCCGCGCGACUCUGAGAGCGAAGACGGAUUCCGUCGAGACGUGAGACGCCGUCCAAAGUUCAGCACAAAGCUUCAGGACCGUCAAGCUGCACGAGGGACGCGAGUGAAACUUUCCUGUAACGUUCUUUGUGGUCCUGACGAUCCGUUACCGGAGAUCGAAUGGUUCAAAGGAGGCUACCCACUCAAAGAGGAGGACAGAAUUAAAACUUCGUUUAUUGACGGCCUGGCGUCGCUGGAGAUCCGUGAGGCAGCUCGGUCUGACUCCGGCGAGUACACGUGCACAGCGAACAACCGGCACGGCAGGGUGACAACUUCAUGCGACCUGCGCGUCAAGGGGGAGGAAGAGAACAAGCCAAGUCCUCCCACCUUCACAACUUCAAUUAGGGAGCGGUACGUGGCAGAAGACGAUGAGUUGGUGCUGUCUUGCCACGUCACGGGCUUCCCGCCGCCCAAGACGACGUGGCUCAAAGACGCUGACAAAGUGCCUGCCUCGCAACGCUUCCAGUCUGUUGUCUCUGACGAAGGAAUCUGUUCUCUGAUCAUCAAGAACCCUCGAGCUGCUGACUCAGGUCUAUACUCCUGCCACGCUGAGAACCGCGUGUACAGAGAUGAAAUAUCCGCCAAUGUCAGAGUUCCUGUUGAUCGCAAAUCACAAGUGCCGGACAACACAGAGACGCCGCGCUUCGUGACGGAGCUGUGCGACCAGCGCGUGCCAGAAGACGGCACUCUAACCCUGCAGGUUGACGUGGCAGGCACACCAACACCGGACAUCCUGUGGCUCUUCAACGGACGAUCACUCGCUCCUUCCGGCAAGAUGCGCGUGUCCUCGGUGGGCUCCUCUCACACCCUCACCGUCUUCCAGGUCAAGGAGAAGGAUCUUGGCACAUACUCCUGCAGGAUACAGAACCCGUACGGCAACGCCUACACGCUUAGCACGGUCUCCUUCGGUACCGCGAGGCCGCGGCGCGGAGGCAGCGACAAGAGCGGCGAGACAGAGAUGCGGGCGCCGUCCUUCACGGAGCGUCCCGAGAGCAUGAUAACCGCCUUCAGGGACGAGGAGCUAACCCUCAGCUGUACCGUGAUGGGGGAGCCCACACCAAGAGUGACCUGGCUGAAGGGUAUGCAAGAUGUCUCGAACCGCUUCACGUCGCAUAAAACAGUGCAAGGGAACACGCACACAUGGACGUUGCGAGGUGUGCAGUUCACCGACUCCGGAACGUACACAAUUGAGGCCAAAAACGCACACGGCACCGUGCGCUCAUACUGCAGUGUUAAGGUGAAGGACAACAGCCGCUCUCGGUCCUACUCCCCCAGGGGGACCGAGCGCUUCCCGUCGGUGUCGCACGACGAGGACCAGCGGCGCAUGUCUGGCCGCUUCAUCAGAGAUGUACCCGGGAAGGUGGGCACCAUCCGAGCCGUGGACGUGGGCAAGUCGUGGGUAUCUCUGAAGUGGGGCAAGCCUGAGCACGUGGGCAGCUGCCCCGUCACCGCCUACAAGAUAGAAGCUUGGAUACUGGGCGAGGAGGCGCGGUGGCAGGAGCUGGCGGUGUCACCGAUCUGCUCGUUCGACGCGUACCACCUGAAGCCGGAGCGCGAGUACCUGUUCCGCGUGACUCCCCGUAACAAGUACGGGUGGGGGGAGGUGGAGAUGACCCCGCGCCCCGUGAGGGUGGGGAGGACCAUAGAGCAGCCCAUCAUACCCCGCACGCUGCCCCGACAAGUGCGCUGCAUGCCCGGCGGGUCCAUCUCCUUUGACGCCCAGGUGACGGGCGAUCCUCUCCCAGAGGUGCGGUGGUAUAAAGAUGGCUCUGUUCUCGACCCUCAGCGCUACCCUCGCUUCAGCACUCAGUUCUCGGCAGGCACCAUACACAACGUAUUCGGCUACGUUCACAAGGUUAGCCUGCGUAUCGACGACCUGCACUGGGAAGAUGAAGGCAAGUACGAGAUGGAGGCAGUGAACCCUGGCGGGCGAGUGACCUCCUACACGAGGCUGCUGUCCACCAGCGACUGUUCCGUGCUGGAGGCCCACGAGAAGAUCAACAGGCACCUGACGGCGCUGUCGCGCAUGGAUGCCGUGCCGUGUCUGGCGCCGCAGUUCGCGCUGCGUCUGCGCGACCGUCGCGUGCAGGUCGGCUUCCCUGUGCGCCUCACGUGCCAGGUCAUCGCUGUGCCUGCGCCUGACGUGCGCUGGUGCAAGGACGGAGUUCCGCUGCUGGAAGACGACGGGCACCGCACGUGGCAAGAGGACGGUCACUUCUACUCGCUGGAGCUGUCGGAGGCGCAGCACGAGGACGCCGCCAUCUACUCCGUCACGGCCACCAACCCCUACGGCUGCGUGACUUGCCGCUGCCGCCUCAUCGUCGACUCCGGCCUGCGGUCCUACAUCUCCCCGAUGUUCCUACGCGAGCUGGAGGACGUGAGUGUGAGUGAAGGAGAGACCAUCAUCCUUCAGACCGUCAUAGAAGCAUACCCCACCAUCGGGGUCGUCUGGCACAGGGACGGCCAUCGUAUACGGCCGUCCCGUAAGUACACAUUCGACCUGGACGAGGAUGGCUUGGCGACGCUCGAGAUCGAGCGAGCGCGGUACAGCGACGGCGGCCUCUACACCUGCACGGCCACCAACGAGAUGGGGACCAUCGAGUCAAUUUGCCGCGUCUCUGUCGCUUCCAGGCUACCUGACCUUUCUGUUGCGCACUCCACCGACGGACAGGCGGCGCGCGCCCCGAUGUUCCUCCGCAAGCCGCGCGCCAUCGACGCGGAGGAGGGCGACAUGGUCAUUAUCGAGUGCGAGGUGGCGGGCGAGCCCAAGCCUACUGUCACCUGGCUCAGGGACUGGCUUAAGCCGAGCGUGUACUCAGACGGGUCGCGGUUCACGGAGGUUGACAGUAGCCCCGUCUACAAGCUGGAGAUCCCAAAUUGUCGCCUGGAAGACACCGGCGCCUACAGCAUCUUGGCUAAGAACGACCAUGGCGAGUCCAGGGCUGUCAUCUCGCUGCAAGUCUACACCAAAGGACUGAAGGGUGACUUGAAAGGUGGCAGCGUCAAGCGAGGCGUGAUGGAGGCGGUGCCGCGGGUGGUACGUCCCCUGCAAGACGUGCGCUGCUGCGACGGGGACGCCGUGACGCUCGAGACGCUCUUUGAUGCCCCGCCUGCCUGCCUCGUGCGCUGGGAGAAGCAGGGACAUGUGCUGAAGGAUACUGGGGACGUGAGCUGGGACUGGGACGGCGCCCGUGCACGUCUCAAGAUCAGGGCCGUUUACCCAGAAGAUGAGGGCGAGUAUUGCUGCAUCGUCUACAACGACAUGGGCAAAGCUGUCACCUCCGCCACCCUCGUAGUCGAAAUGGCGGAAGACAAGGAGAACGACCUGACGGUGCAGAUGGAACACCGUCCCGACCUGUCCCGACGCACCACUCCAUCCCGCGCCACUCCAUCCCGCUACUCCCGCAGCCCCUCCGUCACCAGCUUCACGCGGGAGGGCAGUGCCCACAGUUGGGCUGGAGUGGGCUGGAGGGAGCCCUCCAUCCCUGUAGCCCACUGGCGUCCUCUCUCCAGAGGUUCCUCCCCUCUUCUCUUCGGUCGGCGUUACACACCCGAGCCAAGCGCGCGCAGCAAGCAGAAGCGCGCUCACGGCCCUAAGUUCUACUACAUCCCGCACGACAGGAUCGUCGAGGAGGGCGAGACCGUCACCUUCCAGUGCGCUAUUAAAGGUCACCCGACCCCAAAGACCAGCUGGGACAAAGACUCGAUGAAGCUGAUGCAGGGCGGGCGCUACAGGAUGGAGGAGCGAGGCGAGGUUCGCACCAUCGAGAUCACGAAGGUAACGCAGCAGGACGCUGGUCUGUACCGCGUCACCAUCGAGAACGACCUGGGCAGGGAGCAGGCAACCGCGCGACUCGACGUCAUCAAAGCGUCAAGCAACAAGUACGCGGGCUACGUGCGUAGCUGGCACACGUCACCGCUCACAGCCCCUCGCUUCACGCGCGCCCUCCCCAGCACCUCUGUCAGGGACGGCGCUAAGCUCAAGCUCUCCACUGACUUUACUGGCUCGCCUGCACCCCGCGCCAAGUGGUACCGGAAUAACGAGCUGCUGCCGAGCUGCUCGGACUUCGAGCAGACCCGCACCAGCUGCUCGGCGACGCUCGAGAUCGCAGCGGCCACGGCCAGCGACGCCGGCACCUACACCUGCGUCAUCAUCAACGACAAAGGGCGCGCCCAUUGCUCCUGUCAGGUGACGGUGGAACACAGGCUCGCGGGGGCGGGGCCCCCUCUCUUCAUGGAGGGCCUGCAGCACGACACAGCUUUAGACGGUGACCCCCUCAAGCUGGGGGUUACUUUGCAGGGGAGUCAUCCCAUUAAGGUUCUGUGGGUAAAGAACGACCAAAUCAUCGAAGCUUCAGAUCGCCUUCACAUCCAGAGCUCCCCUGCAAAUUGCUGCACCUCAUACCCCACUUCUUCCCCCACCUUUUCCUCCAACUCAAAGUCUUCCCCGUCCUCCACGAAAGCCUCCCCAGCCUCCCCCAUCACUGACAGCCAUCACUGGCUUGCCUUUGACCAAGUUAUCCCUGACGACUCUGGCCUCUACCUCUGCGAGGCGUCCAACCAACACGGAGAAGCCUACUCCUUCUGCAGGCUCAAGGUCUUGGACCCUCAGGAGUGUGCCCCCUGCCCCCCCACGAUCAUCGGGGCAUUCACCCCCCUGACAGUGAGGGAGCGCGCGAGGGCAAGAUUUAGGGCCAUCGUUACUGGCCACCCGCGGCCAGCCAUCACAUGGCAGCUUGAUGGACAGCCCAUCGUGUCCUCCAAGUCUGUCCAGAUCACAUGUCACGAGUCCGAAGAAGGCUUAGUGGUUUACUUGAGCUUCCCGAGCGCUGGUGUUGGUGACAGCGGCACCAUCAGCCUCACAGCAACCAACGUUGCCGGCACACAAACUCUCCUCACUAGCCUCAUAGUGAUUCCUGAAACCGACGCCGAGAGGCCGCGAACAUCGAACGCCAGCCGAUCUUUGGCCGAAAAAACUGAGCCUCCGUCGAGCCAAAGUCGAAAUGUUCUCAGGACCGCCAACCCUACAGACGCAAGGAAGUCUCGGUCUCCUAUUAAGCAAAAGACCCUAAGCAUUAAAUCUAAGCCUACCGCCUCCAAACUAAACGAAAAUAAUCGCUUGGUUUCCGUUACAACCAAUAAGGAAUCAUCUUCUCAGAAGAGUGCAAGUCAUUCAUCUACUGAGCAGUCUAGUCCGCAGUCUCCGUCACCUCGAGCCAGUAUAACGCGCACUCCAUCACCUCAUCUAACGUACCAAUUUAAGUCAUUGUCAGCCUCCACAUCUAGAAGUUCAAUAAAAUCGCGAUCAACAUCACCGGUUUGCAUAACGACUCGACUCUGUCGUCUUGAAUCGUUGAAGAACGACUAUAAUUUUGAUUAUAAUGACGACCUUAGGUUCAAAUCUACGGUACGACGGUUUAGUCAAGAAAUUGAGGCAUUGAGUGCGAAUGGAUCACAGGAAUCUUCUAAAAUCAAAUCUGGUUGCCAGUCUCCUACGGAUAUCGACAACGGUGCAGCGAAUUUAAGAGGACGCCCACCCAUCGCUAAAUCUUACAGCAAAUCUACCGUGGUGUCUCGCACUCAAUCUAAUCACUUAUCUCGGUCAGUUUCUCCUUCAUCAAUCAAAUCAAUCUCACCUUCUACAACCUCUUCUGAACUUAGAGGGUUGAAGUUGGGUGCAGGGUUAGAUUUGGGUGCAUCAAAGUCGUCAGCGUCUACCAAAAAGCCGUCUCAGGGUAACACGUCGGCAGCAAAAUCUUCUUCUGGACCUUCGACGACAUCUCCGCUCUCUCGGCCGUCCUCGUCCCCCUCACCCACACACGCCAUUUCUCCUCGUGUCAACGCCUCAAAAGUCCUUCUAGCAAAGUCGGUGGUUCAGAGAUCUCAAUCUCUCAAAACCCCCCUAAGGAGUUCAACCAAUCCUGAGCAGCGGAAACUGGCUGCAAAAUACUCGUUCCGAGCCGCUUCUCUCGAAUCACGACCAGAACGAAUUAUCCAGCCUCUUCAAAAGAAGAGUGUAGAGACGAAGAAAUCUACCGAGAUUGUUACUGGAGAAAAACAAGAAACUACAACACGUAUAUCGACAACUGGUGAACCCUUAAAAUUAAAUUGCAAUGACUCUUGUCCAAAGAAAACUGUUCUUAAAGCUAAGCCGAAAUCUCCGUUAAAUGGAAUAGCUGCUUCUUCCGCGUCUCCAAAAGAAACCAUAAAACUUGGAUGCGGCUCUUUCAACACAACAAAAGCUGAAACUCGCAGUAAAUCGUCGCCUAGUCGUGGAGCCGAAAGAAUGGCUACCGCUCUCCCCCCAAAUAAUCUCACAUCUGUAGAUGCAAAAUCGAAGCGUCCUCCGUCCCCAAAUUUGGUUCCUGAAUCCAAAACCGCAAAUAAACUUACCGUGACUACCUCUCAUAAAAAUAUUACUGGGGCAGCUAGCCGCGAUGCCACGCCUAAUUCAAAAAAUAAUUCUAGAGUUAGUGCUCUCAGAGAUAAAUUUAACGAAAACUCAAGUAAUUCAACAAAGAAAGUAUCAGCCAAUUCCCCUGCCGUACCUCGAACAUUUUUAAGAAAGGUUAAGAUAGAGAACUCGCAGGGAACAUUCUCUGCUUCACAUAGUGCAGAAGAUAAACCGAUUUCCACUCCUCUCUCGAUAUCUAGAAAUAUAAGCGCACCUGAAAUUGAAACUAAAUUGCAGUUAGCUAGAUCUAGUUCACCUAAAUAUUCCAAAAGUAAUUCGUACAAUAAAUGCAUAAACUCGCCAAGGAACUCAACUAAAGGUGGCACUCGGGUCGCCGACAUUUCCUCUAAAUUUCGUGUCAACAAAAUUGAAUCGACCACUCAUCAAAAUUCUACCAACAACGACAAAAUUAUUUCCCAUUCACCGGAAAAUUCAGAGGGGAUUGUCACGAGACGUGUAUCAGGUUCUAUUGACCAUCAGAAUGAUAGUCAAAUCGUUGAUGAAGUUACCUAUGAGCCACUUCUAUCAACGCGUAAAACUAAAUUAAGUAAACUUGGUCCUUCGUUUACUAAUCGUGUUUCUAGUACUGAAUUAGAGCUUAUUAAACCAAAAACCAUCAUUGAUUCAACGCCCUCUUCAAUCGCCACUUCUACUGAACAAGAAGAAACCUCUACCACCAAAGGUUUACCGACGAAACCUAGGCCUUCUUCUUUAAUUUUGAUAUCCCAUUCACGGCCUAAAAGCUCAUCUAUGCGAGCUAGCAGUGGAGAUAUUGAAGUACAGCAAACUACCAUGACUAAAGAUGAUUCCAUGCCUUUAAACACAAGCACUGAUCCUGCAUCUCAAUCGCGAAAAUCAUCCUUGACCACUCCACCCAAGCCCACUCUUUCAUCGCAUACUAAACAAUUUGAGAUCAAACCUCGAGAGUGUAAAGCUGACGAAGCAAGCGUGGAGUGCUCCCCUACUAAAGCCUUGCCUCCUUCACCUCAACCUUCAGCUAGAAGGGAAAAUGUGGUUUUACGAUUGUCAAGUAUCAGUUCUGUUCGUUCAACCGUUUCAUCUCAUUUGAAAUUAGAGUGUGACGACAGUGACGGGGAAAAUGAUACAGAGACAGUAUUGAAAAUAUUGGAAAGACACAUUUCCGCUACUACUGAGGGUGAGAGACUACCUCUUGAUGGACAUUCUCAGGUAAAAGACGAAGAUGACGAAGAAGGAGCCCAGAUCACUUCGGGCCCAGACGAUGUGAUCGUCAUCAAAGGCCAGUCUGCCACCCUCGCAAUCCGCUACUGCGGCAACCCGGAGCCCGAGGUCACUUGGCUGAAAAAGGACCAGAUUCUGAAAGACGACGGUCGGUACACGGUCGAUACAAGCAACGGACGCUCGUCUCUGUCCAUCCACAAUGUAACGGCCGACGACAGCGCAAAGUACACGGUCGUCGUCCGCAACUGCAUCAGCGCGCACGCCGGCUUUGCCUCGCUCUCCGUAGAAGACGUGCCGCAAGCGCCCGCGGCACAGCCUAACCUGAGCGAGGUGGGCGCGGGCUGCGUGACGCUGUCCUGGUACGGCCCUGCCUACGACGGGGGGUCAGUCGUCACGGGCUACACGGUCCAGACCAGGAAGGUCGGACAGGUGCUGUGGACGUCGCUCGUCGAGAAAUGGCACAGCACAUCGUACAAGGUACUGGACCAGGAGGUGGGCGGCCAGUACGAGUAUCGCGUCAUGGCUCACAACAUCCACGGGGUCUCGGAGCCCUCGAAGCCCUCUCAGCCCAUCACCCUGCAGGGCGGACCAGACAAGGAGCUGCAGCGCAACGGCGCCAGGGGCGACGCCCCCCAGCAGGACGACGAGGAGGGAGAUGAUGGCAUCGCGGACUUCGAGCACUGCGUGGUGGAGGUUGAGAGCGGGGAGGCGUUCUCGGAGUUGUAUUCGCUGCACGAGGAGGUGGGCAAAGGCCGAUUCGGCAUCGUCUAUCGAUGUACCGACAAGCGCACCAACAAACAGCGAGCUGCCAAGAUCAUUAAAUGCAUUCAGGCAAAAGAAAAGGAAAAGGUGCGUGAGGAGAUCUCGAUCAUGAACGCCCUGCGACACCCCAAGCUGCUGCAGCUAGCCGCCGCCUUUGAGCGCCAGAGAGACGUCGUCAUGGUCAUGGAGUUCAUCGCGGGGGGUGAGCUGUUCGAGCGCGUCGUGGCCGACGACUUCACGCUGACGGAGCGCGACGUGGUGCUGUUCAUGCGGCAGAUAUGCGAGGGCGUCCAGUACAUGCACAACUGUAACAUCCUCCACCUCGACCUUAAACCCGAGAACAUCCUGUGCGUGCGCAAGACGUCGCACAAGAUCAAGCUCAUCGACUUCGGCCUGGCGCGUCGCUUCGACCCGGCGCAGCCCUGCCGGGUGCUGUUCGGCACUCCCGAGUUCAUCGCCCCUGAAAUUAUCAAUUAUGAACCCAUCUCCUUCGCCUCGGACAUGUGGUCUGUCGGUGUCAUCUGCUACGUACUUUUGUCCGGCUUGUCACCAUUCAUGGGCGACAACGACGCUGAGACUUUCGCCAACAUCACUCGGGCCGAGUUCGACUUUGACGACGACGCGUUCAACCCCAUCAGCGACCUGGCCAAAGCCUUCAUCACCUCCCUCCUGGUCAACAGAAAGGAGAAGCGUCUGACGUCACAGGAAUGUCUGCAGCACCCAUGGCUCACCAAGACCGAGGGCGCGAUGUACGACCGUGUUAUUCCUACCGAGAAACUCAAGAAGUUCAUCAUCAGGCGCAAGUGGCAGAAAACGGGUAAUGCGAUCCGCGCACUGGGGCGUAUGGCGAGCCUUACUAACCGUCGCAACUCACGGUCCUCCUCCCCAACCUGCCUCUCCCCUUUACCGGAGCAGCAGCCUUACUCCCCAUCCUCCUCCUCAUCCACCGCAUUCCCUCUCCUCAACGGCGACAAGAAAUCUUGUCCCCCCAGCGUGCGGGGUAACAGCGUUGUUAGCGAGCGCAGCGACUCUGGAAUCAGCGAAUGUUCAGUUUCAGUAGACGAGUUGCUUCAUAACGCCAAUAAUAUCCUGAAGGUGGUCGCCUCCAAGCCCCCACUAACUAAUGGCACACCCCCUGCAGGCGACACCGCGCCCCUCGAACACCAUGCAAAAGGGGUAGAGUGGCAGUCCUCAGUGGACUCCGCCGUGGGGGACGUCAUCGAUGUUCCUAAGACGUCCUCGCAUCGCAAGAUUUCCAGAGAAGCCUUCGUGGAAACCUCCUCUGGCUCCAGCGACGUCACCUCACACUCCCGGAUUUAGAAGCCUAUUCCUAUAUAGAUACUGUUUAUGGUCGUUGUACAAACUGGCACCUACUUUGCAACGUGUCUGCUUCUUGUGAAAUAUAGCGGCUACUUUUGAAAUGUAGCUCUACUUCUAAAUGACAGCUGCCUCUUUCGAAACGUUGCAGACUCUUCCGAAGCAAGGCGGCUUUUUUUUCAAGAAGACUCUCACUCUCCGAACUAGGCUUCAUUUCGGGUUGAAACUUGGCCACCCGCUGUCUGUUGAGUGGCUAACUUCUUGUGAACUCUUUACAGUUGCCAUAGUUUUUUUAGUGGUGACUAAUUUAGUUUUUAACGAGCUAAGCCUGUAUUUUUCCCGAUUCGAUCGACAUAGAGAAAGAGUUGGAGGAUAUUCAACCUCGUGCGAAAAGUUAUUUUAUUUGUUUUACUUAAGACUAGUGGGUGAUGUAUGCCUGUGAGCUUGUAGGUAACAUCUUUUCACUGAUUUGCUCCCCAUGCCUAAAUAAUUUAACGGCAAAUCGGAGGCUACGCUGAGCAUUCUUGACUUAUAAUAAAUAAGAUUUCGAGUGAUACGUCGCCUUGCCUUCUGCUUAGAAUUUUUCAUGGCAGUAUAGAAACAUAGCUUAAGAAAUCCUUUUCGAAAAUGCUGGAUGAAAUAUAUUGUUAUCAAUUAUGAAAGAACAUAUAUUAUAGUAUAUUAUGACGUGUAAGCUGAUAGUCAUCUCCGAUAUUAAAAUCGACUUGUGUUUAGUUCUAUUUUCAUGUAGCAGUAAUGUUUUCAGUACGGAAUCGGCAUUUUAUGUAUAUUCACAUGCUCAUUCUGCUCCAGUUUCAAUCUUUAACGAACGCUUCCUCCGGCUCUUUUCCAGCGGCCGUGUAGUUUAUUUAAGAUUCAGUGGUAUCUAAUUAAAUACAUUUAUCAUACCCAUAUAUGAGCCUUCCUUGUUUAUCAAAUAUAUGUUCAAGUAUG